UUCACUGUGUGUGUGUGUGUUUUGGCUGAGCUGCCUCGUAUUGUUGAUCCCGAUUGACUUCGAGAGACCCUGUCAUUGGAAAUUAGAAGGCUAUACCUCCGGACAGACCAUAAGAUAGGUGACACACCGUUGUGACUAGGCUACCUGUGUUGUCUGAGCUCUAAGAUUGGAUCAAGACCAUGACCCAGCCUCGGCCGGACGAGUUCAAGCCGCCUCAGGAGUGCCCAGUCUUCGAACCAAGCUGGGAGGAAUUUGCCGAUCCUUUUGCUUAUAUAAAUAAGAUUCGUCCAAUUGCGGAAAAAACGGGUAUUUGUAAGGUCCGCCCGCCUCCGGACUGGCAGCCUCCAUUUGCAUGUGAUGUUGACAGACUGCACUUCACUCCUCGGAUACAGAGGCUAAAUGAACUGGAGGCACAGACCAGAGUUAAGCUUAACUUCUUGGACCAGAUUGCAAAGUUCUGGGAGUUGCAGGGGUGUUCUCUGAAGAUUCCUCAUGUGGAAAGGAAGAUAUUGGACCUGUAUCAACUCAACAAGAAUGUUGCAGAUGAGGGCGGAUUUGAUAUUGUGUGUCGCGAUAGACGUUGGACGGCGAUUGCGCUUAAGAUGGGCUUUGCUCCUGGCAAGGCUGUUGGCUCUCACUUACGGUCACACUAUGAGAGACUUCUCUACCCCUACAACCUCUUCCAGAGCGGAGCCAACCUCCUGGCACCAGAGCUUGCGUCCAAGCUGAUGCGCUUAGUGUCUGCUCCUGAACUUGACACGUUUGUCCAGGAGCCAACCCUGCCAGUUGCCACGAGUGACAAGGAGUGUAAACCCCCUGACCUGACCGAGAGGCAGCACUUUGUUGAGCCAACCGAGUCCUGCUGCAACAGCGCCCACAGAGCAAAGCGAAUGAGAGCUGAGUCGGGUUGUGUGAAGACAGAACCAGGAACUGAACCCUGUGAAAACAACAGACCAAAUCUGAGGAGGAGGAUGGGCUCUUUUGUUGCCAAGCCCGAGCCAGACAUUCCCAUUCUAGUGAAACAAGAACCCAUCGAGCCGGUGAGCGAGGCAGACAAAAACAAGUCUCGAUAUAAGAAAAAACCCAGUCUUGAUGCCCCACCUCCUGCAGUGAGUGUAGUGGACCUGUAUAUGUGUCUGGUGUGUGGCAGCGGGAGUGACGAGGAUCGUCUUCUGUUGUGUGAUGGCUGUGACGCCAGUUACCACACCUUCUGUCUCAUACCCCCUCUGCACGACAUCCCCAAAGGAGACUGGAGGUGCCCCAAGUGCCUGGCUCAAGAGUGCAGCAAACCUCAGGAGGCAUUUGGCUUUGAGCAGGCAUACAGGGACUACUCUUUGCGGGCUUUUGGAGAAAUGGCAGACUCCUUCAAAUCUGAUUACUUCAACAUGCCCGUUCAUAUGGUUCCCACAGAGUUGGUGGAAAAAGAGUUCUGGCGCUUGGUGAGCACCAUCGAAGAGGACGUCACAGUGGAGUACGGAGCAGAUAUAGCCUCCAAGGAGUUUGGGAGCGGAUUCCCCAUCAAGAAUGGAAGAUUUAAGGUUUCAGAAAAGGAUGAGAAGUACCUGAAGUGUGGCUGGAACCUGAACAAUAUGGCGAUGAUGGACCCGUCAGUGUUGACUCAUGUCACAGCAGACAUCUGUGGGAUGACUCUACCUUGGCUCUAUGUAGGCAUGUGCUUCUCCUCCUUCUGCUGGCACAUCGAGGACCACUGGAGCUACUCAAUCAACUACCUGCACUGGGGGGAGCCAAAGACAUGGUAUGGAGCACCUGGCUUUGCUGCGGAACAGCUGGAGGCUGUGAUGAAGAAACUAGCUCCAGAGCUGUUUCAGAUUCAGCCAGAUCUCCUCCACCAGCUGGUCACCAUCAUGAACCCUAACACCCUCAUGUCCUACGGGGUUCCGAUUUACAGAACCAAUCAGUGUGCUGGUGAGUUUGUCAUCACUUUCCCCAGAGCCUAUCACAGUGGUUUUAACCAAGGUUUUAACUUCGCUGAGGCUGUCAACUUCUGUACUGUGGACUGGAUGGCAUUAGGCCGCCAAUGCGUCGACCACUACAGACUGCUGCAUCGGUACUGUGUUUUCUCCCACGACGAGAUGAUCUGCCAGAUGGCCUCCAAGGCCAACAGUCUGGACGUGGUCCUGGCGUCGGCUGUCCAGAAGGAUAUGAAGGAUAUGGUCAGAGAGGAACAGGACCUACGAGAUAAAGUCCGCAAGAUGGGGGUGUUGCGUUGUGAGCAGGCGGAGUACGAUCUCCUGCAGGAUGAUGAGCGGCAGUGUGCCAAAUGUAGGACCACCUGUUUCCUGUCUGCCAUCACCUGCCCCUGCAGCCCCGGCCAGCUGGUCUGUCUCCACCACAUCCAGGACCUCUGCUCCUGCCCCCUCACCAACUACACACUGAAUUAUAGAUUUACACUGGAUGAUCUGUACCCCAUGAUGAACGUGGUAAAGCAGCGAGCUGAGACCUACGACGAGUGGGCAUCCCGCGUGACGGAGACUCUGGAGGCUAAGUUGGACAAGAAAAAAAGCUUGUCAGUCUUCCGCUCCCUCAUUAACGAAUCAGAGUCCAAGAUGUUCCCUGACAAUGACCUCUUGCGUCAGCUCCGUUUAGUCACACAGGAUGCAGAGAAGUGCUUCUCAGUGGCCCAGCAGCUACUCAACGGCAAAAGGCAGACUAGGUAUCGGUGUGGUGGGGGGAAGACCCAGAGCCAGCUGACCGUGCAGGAGCUGAGGUCAUUUGUCAGGCAGCUUUACAACAUCCCUUGCAGCCUUCCUCAAGCCCCCAAAUUAAAGGAUCUCUUGAAUCGCAUCGAAGACUUCCAGCAGCACAGUGAGAAAGUUCUGAUGGAUGAGGCCACCAGCACAGCAGUAAUCCAGAGUCUUCUAGACGUUAGCUUUGACUUUGAUGUGGAGCUGCCUGAACUUCCAAUACUACGGGAGAGGCUGGAGCAAGCCCGUUGGCUGGAGGGUGUGCAGCAGACCAGCGCCCAGCCCUCCACCCUCACCCUGGAGACCAUGCGGAGGCUGAUAGACCAGGGCGUGGGCCUGACCCCUCACCCCUCCGUGGAGAAGGGCAUGGCUCAUCUGCAGGAGCUACUCACUGUGUCUGAACAUUGGGAGGAAAAGACCAGCAUCCUCCUCAAGGCCAGGCCCCCCCCAUCGAUAGAAGUCCUCUCUGAAGCAGCUGAGAAGGUGGUGGGUAUACCUGCUUACCUCCCCAAUUGUCUGAUGCUGAAGGACUCCAUCAGUAGGGCCAGGGAAUGGCUUCAGGAAGCAGAGGCAUUUCAGGAUGGAGAGUCCAUUCCAUUGUUUGACAAGCUUUCUGAUAUGGUUCUACGAGGACAAGCCAUCCCAGUCCAGCUGGACCCUCUAAAGCAUCUGGAGUUUCUGGUAACAGAGCUGCAGGCCUGGAAAGAGUCUGCAGCUAAAACCUUCCUCAUGAAAAACUCUCACUUCACUCUGCUUGAGGUUCUGUGUCCAAGAUUUGAGGUUGGAGCAGGGUCCCCGAAAAGGAAGUCGAAAAAAGCUAAAGACUGCAGUAAGAAGAAGAUGGUGAAGCUAGACUGUCUCAGUGAUGUGGAAAAAGCCCUUCUAGAGACCAAGGACACUACCUCAGCUCUGGCAACUCUCGGGGAAGUGCGGUUACGGGAGAUGUGGGCCCUCUCCUCCCUCCGGGCAGCUAACGAGUCCAAGCUCCUCCCCACGGCAGACUGCAUGGACCUGAAGGUGUGCGUGUGUCAGAAUCCCCCCAUGGGAGCCAUGUUACAGUGUGAGCUCUGCCGGGACGCCUUCCACAGCGUGUGUGUGAGGGCUCCCUCAGACUCCCGUUCAACCCAGGCCUGGCUGUGUCCAGACUGCCGACGCUCGGAGAAGCCCUCCCUGGACAAGGUCCUGCCCUUGCUGGCGUCGCUGCAGCGUAUCCAGGUGCGUCUACCGGAAGGCGAUGCGCUUCACUAUUUGGUUGAGAGAACAGUCAGCUGGCAACAGCGAGCGCGACAGGUCUCUGCCUCCUGUGGCCUUCCAGACCUGGAGGAGAGCUUUAGAACUUCACCAUCUCCGGUUGGAAAGCCACCAUGUUUGACUCCAGAGUGGAACAGGACAAGUCAUGAUCAGAUGGUCUUCUACACCGAGCAACGAUGCAUUCCUCUGCAGGGUCUGAGUGUGGAGCUGGAGGAGCUGAUGGUGGAAGGGCUCCUGCUGCAGGUGUCUCUGCCAGAGAUCACACAGCUCUACCAUGUGUUACUGAACGGGCUGGGAGCGCAUCACACCCACGGACGCACGUCACAGCAAGAGGACGACCCCUCGGACUGUGACAAACGCAAGCAGUGCAACUCUCAGGGAAGAAGCUCUCCACAAAAAGAGGAUGGCCUGAAAAAGGAUGUAGUUAAUGGAGCAGAGAAGAAGGCCAAGCGACGCCUGGAGAGGGAGGCUCUGGAGACAGAGCGCAGGGACAAGGCCAAGAAGCUCCAAAACAAGAGACAGAAAAUGAACAAGGAGAAGAACCUGGAACGCAGGGCAGCCUCGACCUCCUCAUCUCCUCGUUCCGACUUCUCCCAGUCAGACGACUCUGAAGAGGAGAUGGCCAUGUGUCCAGCAGAGGGAUGCCAGCAGCCAGAAGGAGAUGAGGUGGACUGGGUCCAGUGUGACGGCAGCUGUAACCAGUGGUUCCACCAGGUCUGUGUGGGUGUGACAGCCGAGUUGGCUGAGAAAGAGGACUAUGUGUGUGUCAGCUGUACAAUAAGCGAUGGCCGCUGAGGAUUUGAGGAGAGAAUGGAUGGAGUUUUGGAAGGAAAGUCUGACGGUUCUCGGCCUACUCCGUUAGCAACCUGGCCACACAAGUCAGGAUGUCACAGACCUAGCCCUCCCUUGUCCUCAUCCCCUUUGUGACAACGGUGCUAUCUCCUCUUUAUUGGGUUGUUGUCCAGAACUAUACUGUUUGUUCCUUUUUUUGUAUUUUUUACAUAUUUUUCUUUCCUCCUUUGAACUGUUUGUGGUUGUGACAUGAUGUGGAGUCAGUGUGCUGCAUGGGUAUCCAUAUAAUGGGUGGUGCAAAGGAGUCAAACAAUAAGGCACUCUAAAGAUCCAAGGGUAUAUUGAACUUCCUUGCAUGCAAAACCUGAGACAGAUGGUUAAGGUCCCCCUCCUUCCCCGUAAUAAAUCAUGUGAUGGAGAGAACUAUAUUUUCUGGGAAACCCAAUACUUAGUACUUCCAUCAUACUGACUUAUA